GUUAUAUAAUUGGCCUUUUCCGUUAGUGUUUUUUUCAUUGCCAGUUUGGCCUGGAAAUUCUCUGACAAACAAAAUAGUAUUGUAUCUCUUUUACCAGUUUGGAAUAUUAUUUUUAAUAUAUUUGUCUUUCUCUUCCCCUCCCUCCUGGUUAGAUCGAGAUGGGAUUGGGCCUUUAUAAAGUAUCUACAACUUUUCCAUUUGUCUCUUCUUAUACGUUACCGCAAUGUACGGCCAAAUCUCAGACAAUUAUCAAGAGUGAAUUGGCCGAUAAUAUCAGAAAAUUCUUAAGAGAGGAAGUUGAUCAUCAUAUGGACAACAACGUAUUUAAAAUACCCGAUUAUAAGAUAAGAAUUCUGUUGAACUUUCUAGAACUAGCUAGCGAUAAUCUUGACUUAGCGGAUCAGCAUAUCUGGCUUUUGAAAAGGAUUAUGUCUAAUUCUAUGAAUUUAACCGAAUUACAGCAAGCAUUGAGCGUACUAGAAGAGACUAUCGAAGAUAAAACUGCUGAAGAGAUUAAGGAUAAUAUUAAAAACGUUAAACAUCAUAUUAGAAAUCUAAGGAUAUCUGCUAUGAAAAUAAAGAAUGACUACAAAACAGUUAUAACGGAAAUUCCUUGUACGGACUUCACGUCUACCGAAAUAGAGGAGCAGAUAAUAGAUAAAUUUUCAAAAAAAGCGAAUUAGAUGCCAUCCCUCUUAAUUAUCCUUUCGAAAUAUUAUUUAUGCUAUAUAUAAUUUAAUAUUUUCGAUUUAUUUCACUAUAAAUGACAUAAAUAUACUUAUGAUUUAACCCCAAAAAAUAUAACAAUUACUUCUCUUAUAUUGUUAUCACAUGGCUAUAUUAUCAAUAUAAUUUCGCAAAUUCUUCGUUAAUUCUCUUCAUAUUGAGUAUAAA